AAAUCUCCCUCACUGUUCCUUGUGAAUAGGCUGAAUCUGCCUUCGGCUGUCCGGGCAUGCUGGGAGUUGUAGUUUUGCAACAGCAGGAGGCACCCUGGUUGGGAAACGCUGGGCUGAAUUAUCUCAGGAGCGGCUAGUCGUCCCCCAUAAUGGCACAGUGCAUUCGGCCCAGGAGCUUGCACUCUACCAUAGGGUCUGUAUACAGCACACAUGCUCGGUGCGGGGUAUGGGAGGGAUCUGACUUCUACAUCCGGAGCACGAGGACUCUACCGCCCCUCUCCAUUCACCCCCUGUAUACAGCACCUCCCAUCUUCUCCUGCACCCCUCACCCAGCACACCCACUGCCCACCCCUGUCUCCUCCCUGUGGGUGUGCCCGAUAACGGGUAUAUGGGUGUCCAGCCCAUGCUCGGCACUAGGCGACACUGACUCUGCUCCGGGCUCUUCUCUGUGCUGUCUAGGAUCCUUUACAAUGUUUCAGAUUAAGAAGAUCUGCUGUAUUGGUGCUGGAUAUGUUGGGGGUCCAACAUGCAGUGUCAUAGCUCACAUGUGCCCUGACAUCAAGGUGACGGUGGUGGAUGUAAAUGAGGCCCGAAUAAAUGCUUGGAAUUCAGACACCCUCCCAAUUUAUGAGCCCGGACUGAAAGAAGUGGUUGAGUCCUGCCGAGGAAAGAACCUAUUUUACUCCACUGACAUUGAUGGAGCCAUCCAAGAAGCUGAUCUUGUGUUCAUUUCUGUGAACACCCCAACAAAAACAUAUGGUAUGGGCAAAGGCCGAGCCGCAGAUCUGAAAUACAUAGAAGCCUGUGCCCGAAGGAUUGUGCAAAACUCCAAUGGAUACAAAAUUGUGACUGAAAAGAGCACCGUACCGGUGAGAGCUGCGGAGAGCAUUCGGCGGAUCUUUGACGCCAACACAAAACCCAAUCUCAAUCUCCAGGUGCUGUCUAACCCAGAGUUCCUUGCGGAAGGAACUGCUAUCAAGGAUCUUAAAAACCCUGACAGGGUGUUAAUAGGAGGAGAUGAGACCUCUGAAGGCCAGAAAGCUGUGCGUGCUCUGUGUGCUGUAUAUGAACACUGGGUCCCUGCUGAAAAGAUUAUAACCACCAACACUUGGUCCUCUGAGCUUUCUAAACUGGCUGCUAAUGCUUUCCUUGCCCAGAGGAUCAGCAGUAUUAACUCAAUCAGUGCCUUAUGUGAGGCUACUGGUGCAGAUGUAGAAGAAGUAGCCAGGGCUAUUGGAAUGGACCAAAGAAUUGGAAACAAAUUCCUGAAAGCCAGUGUUGGUUUUGGUGGGAGCUGCUUCCAAAAAGAUGUCCUGAAUUUAGUGUAUUUGUGUGAAGUUUUAAAUUUGCAUGAAGUUGCAAAAUACUGGCAACAGGUCAUUGAUAUGAAUGACUACCAGAGGCGAAGGUUUACCUCAAGGAUCAUUGAUUGUCUCUUCAACACUGUAACAGACAAAAAAAUUGCUGUGCUAGGUUUUGCAUUUAAAAAGGACACCGGAGACACAAGAGAAUCCUCCAGUAUCUACAUCUGCAAAUACCUAAUGGAUGAGGGAGCUAAGCUGCACAUAUAUGAUCCGAAGGUGCCGAGACAACAAAUUAUCAUGGACUUAUCUCAACCUGGUGUGGCGGCUGAUGACAGAGUGGAGCAACUGGUCCAUAUCCCUACAGAUCCAUAUGAGGCUUGUGAGGGAGCACACGCUAUGGUUAUCUGCACUGAGUGGGACAUGUUUAAGGAACUGGAUUUCAAUCGCAUCCAUUCCAAGAUGUUAAAGCCUGCAUUCAUAUUUGAUGGUCGCCGGGUUCUAGAUGACCUUCACGGGGAGCUGCAGAACAUUGGUUUUCAGGUUGAGACCAUUGGCAAAAAGGUGGCUUCCAAGAGAAUCCCUUUCACGCCGUCGGCCGACAUGCCCAAGAUCACCCUUGCCGAUGUGCCUGUCAAGAAGGCCAGAGUAUAAACCAUGUGCCGACCAACGAACCAAACUCUAUCUAUGAAUGUUAUUUUAUUUGUGAACGGUCUACUACACCUUCAGUAUUCUUCCCUCCUUAGAGGGCUACAAUAGUUUUUACUAGAGAUGAGCGAACUUACAGUAAAUUCGAUUCAUCACGAACUUCUCGGCUCGGCAGUUGAUGACUUUUCCUGCAUA